UGCCCCCACGACCCGCCUUUGGAUAAGUGGAUGAAAAUGGAUGGAUGAAUAUAGCGUUGAGAUAUUUUACUUUGAAAACCAUAAAAAUGUAUUUUUUCUGAAUUCAUCCUUUAAAAAAUGAUUUAUACAAUUUCUUGAUUUGCAGUUUCUAAAGCUAUGAUCGAAUAUAUUUUUAAUGUUUGUACAUUCAGAUCCUAAAAAAUAAGUUUAAUAAUUUAAAAAAAAAAAAAAAAAGAUUCAGGUUGCUUAAAUUUGAUUGUCAAAUUCAACAUCCAGGCUACCGUAGCCAGGACAGGCAAUCAAGCAUGAAUGUAUGUUUUGACCAUUAGAAUUUGACUGAUGAUUGAGAUUAAUUAAAUUUAUGUAACUUGAAGCUUUUUUUUUUUUUUUCUUCCCAAUAAUGAAACUUGAAUUUUCAGGUCUGAAUUUGACCAGUCGAAUUUGAGCAAUCUGAAGCUUUAUUUAAUUUCCUUAAUUUCUUUUUUUAAUUAUGAAACUUGAAUUUGUGAUAAUUUACUUUUUUAAUUUAAUGAUUUUUUUUUUUACUUAGCAAAUCAAGAACAUUCAUCUUAUAAUUUCGGAGAGGUGAAUUCAGAACAAAUAAAUUUAGAUAUGUGAUUUUUAAAGUUAAAACUUCAAUGCUUUGAAUUCAGUUAUGCUCAGAUUUCAGUAUUAAAUAUCCAGUUGCUGUUGAAAAUUCAAAUAUUUCAUGUCUCUCAUUUGCUUCCAUAGGGAAUAAGACAUGUAACCAGAUGUAGGGAGGUUGUCAUUGUGACUGUUGCACAGAUAAUAUGUUGAUGAUUUAAUUAAAAAGGAGGCAGUCAGCACCACGGACAGCACCCAAACAAACGUGUUGUAGAUUUGGGAACUUGUCUGUAACGUUUGUAGAUGAGAAGCUGAUGUAAAUAAAUAAACCUCAGAAAAUAACUUUACAGGUCCAGUUUGUGUUGGCUUGGCAGCUCUGUAGUGUUGUUAACUCUCCCACAGAGAAGCUGAAGUUAAAUUUAACAACGUGUUCCCUGCAGCCAAUAAUAAUAAAGGGUCUGUGUGGGGGAAAAGGCUCUCACUCGCAUUUGGAAGUAAUUUUAAGAAAUAAAAGUCGGUGCGUUUUUCAGGAGCAUUCCUGCAGAGAGGAGGAGGAGGAGGAGGAGGUGUUUUGGUGGCCGGGCAGGGGUUAAUAAUCCCUCAUUUCUCGGUGCACCUCGGUGGCAGCAGUCCGCGAAAUUUCCAGUAUGCGCGAACAGGAGCAGAGAGCUGCUUCCUUCACACCCAACGGGACUCACGCAACUUUCUGACUCUACUUCACGCUUCUCCUCCAUCUUUUUUUUUCUUUUCUUCACCGCAACACCUGACGGAUGUUUAACUCUUAUCACAGCACCUUUUAUUUUUAUCGCUGCAGUUUAAAGUGAGCCGGGCUGAGCUGAGGGAGGGCUCAGACUGCCCCUCGCAGAAAAUAAGCAGUGUAAAAUGUGAGGUAUGUGCACAGCGUCCUGCUGCACGAGCUGCCUCAGUCCAACGUGAGAACACUUCAUCUUGAAAACCUGAAUGACCAUGGACAUGAUGAACUUCAAGAUACAGUGCAUUCUAGUCUUCUUCACUUUUUAUGUGCAAGACGGAUUAUCGAGGGAAUAUGAAGCAAAGCUGGGAGCAAAUAUCCUUCUACAGAGAGCGAGACGUCAAAGCAAACCAACGAAACCAGUGCUGAAGGUGACAGACUACCAUGUGAGGUGUUCGGUGGUGUCCCGCUAUGCUGUCACAACCAUCCAGAGUUCAGUAUGGAACCAGCUCCCCAUCACCAAAGAGGCUGCCUUUGAGGUGGACCUGCCCUCCUCUGCUUUCAUCUCCAACUUCACCAUCACCUCCAACGGCAAGGUGUAUGUGGCCCAGGUGAAGGAAAGAGCUGCUGCCAGGAAAAUUUACGAUGCUGCUAAGAAGCAAGGGAAAACAGCCGGACUCGUUGCCACCAAAGAGAGGGAGAUUGAGAAGUUUCGUGUGGCAGUGAGCGUGCCGUCAGGAGCUCGGAUGUCCUUCUCCCUGUCCUACGAGGAGCUGCUGCCUCGUCGACUCGGCCGCUACGAGCUCAGUUUGGGUCUGAGGCCGGGACAGCUUGUGCACAACCUCACGUUAGAUGUCACCAUAAUGGAGCGGACGGGCCUCAGUUUCAUCAAAGCCUUUCCUCUCAAGAUGAGCCGACUGCUCUCCAACACUGCUCAGGGUGAUGCAGAGGCUCCUCCCUCCACUCAUGUUGAGCGGAGCGCCUGCUGUGCUCGAGUUCGCUACAGUCCCACUCUGCAGCAGCAGAACAGCAUCUCCCCCAAAGGUCUGAAUGCAGACUUCAUCAUUCAGUACGAUGUGGACCUCAGAGACCUCAUGGGUGAAGUCCAGGUGUAUGACGGCUACUUUGUGCAUUACUUUGCACCCAGAGGACUUCCUGUAGUUCCUAAGGAUGUUAUAUUUGUCAUUGACGUCAGCGGCUCAAUGAUAGGCACUAAGAUCAAACAGACCAAGCAGGCCAUGGGCACCAUUCUCGGAGACCUUAGAGAGGGAGACCACUUCAAUAUCAUCACCUUCUCAGACAAAGUUCACACCUGGAAGAAAGGACGAACAGUGCGGGCUACUCGGCAGAAUGUGCGAGACGCCAAGGAGUUUGUGAAGAGGAUUAUUGCAGAAGGAUGGACCAAUAUCAACGCAGCUCUUCUCUCAGCUGCCCAGCUCGUCAACCCCUCCUCUGCCUCCUCCAACCACCUCUCAUCCCGCCGUGUCCCUCUGGUAAUUUUCCUAACCGAUGGAGAGGCAACCAUCGGAGUGACAGCCGGUGACACCAUCCUUGUCAACGCCAAGAAAGCUUUGGGCUCCGCCUCUCUGUUCGGCCUUGCCUUCGGAGACGACGCAGACUUCCUCCUCCUGAAACGCCUGGCUCUGGAUAACCGCGGCAUCGCUAGGAUGGUGUACGAGGAUGCUGACGCAGCCUUGCAGCUGAAGGGCUUCUAUGACGAAGUCGCCAGCCCUUUGCUAUCAGACAUCCAGCUGUCGUACCUGGACGAUCAGGCAUUUGACAUCACGCGCUCCCUGUUCCCGAACUACUUCCAAGGCUCCGAGCUAGUGGUGGCUGGGAGGGUCAAACCAGGGGUCAAAGAUUUAAAGGUGUUGAUGUCUGCCACUGAUUCAAAGCAACGUGUCAAACUGGAGAACGAUGUGUUGAUUUCACAGGCAAAGGGGAACGGGAGUGCAGAUUUACUAGACUGUUCAGGAAGCUUGGAAGGAAUCUCCAGCUUUGUGCACCGUCUCUGGGCGUAUUCCACCAUCAAAGAGCUGCUGCUGGCCAAACUGAACGCCUCUGACCCUGCAACUCAAAGGCUACUGACAGAAAAGGCCACCAACCUGUCGCUCAAAUACAACUUUGUAACACCAGUCACUUCUUUAGUUGUAGUCAAGCCAGACGCAGAUGAAGCGGCUCAGAAUCCAACCACUGUAAAACCCACCACCGUGGCCACUAUAACCACGACCGCAACGACUACCGCCACCACCAAAAUAUCAGCUGCUGGCGCUGCAAAGAAGCCCGGCACUCCUUCUAAUUCCAGGCCUAACAAAGCAAAGCCAGACCCUCCUCAGCCACCUCCAAAGCAAACAAAAAAAAUCUCAACUUCCACAGUGAAAACAGUUUCACCAUCCAAGAAAACCACAACAACAACAAGUCCCAUCUCCAUCAAAACCGCCCCGGCUCCAUUCUCCGGUAAAAAGCCCACUCCUUCCCAGAAUGAAUCCAAAAUUGCCUCCCCCCCUCCUCCUUCGCCUCCUCCUCCUGCUGCUGGUAAGAUCCCCACCUCUGUGCUUAACGCUCUAAAAACAGCACCACCUCCCGCACCUGGAAAAGUCUCCACCCCCCAGCCCAGCGCCUUGAAAACAACCGCUCCCUCACCCACCACCACAGUGUUAACAUUCACCACACCUCCGCUCAGCUCAGUCAGAACCGACCCUGCUCCUCUGCCCGGGAAACCCCUCACCCCACAGCCCAGCACAGCGAGGACGCCCCUCCCUCCUGUCAAAGUGUCAGUCCCCUCCACAGAGGCAGAGAAAACUACCACAUCUGCUCCAGAUGUGCCUGAACACACCACAGCUCUGCCUGAGCUGCUCACCUCUCCCACCCCAGCACCGGCUCCAACUGUGGACGACAACAACACAGACCUGAGCGUCGCCACCUUUGUGUCGGCCACCUUUGCUCCCAUGCCUGGUGUAACAGAUGGGCCACGACUGUGGGAAGCAGCAGGGCUUCUGGAUGUCUCCACUUUCAUUCAGAGAAAAGAUAUCGACCUUGUGAAAGACUAUGAUGCAACCUAUGACUACGACUACGAUCUCAACUAUGAUGCCUGGGAUGAUACUCCAGACACAGGGUCAUUGGAUGGUUCUGCGUCCAGACUGAGCACCAUCCGGAUCUUCUCCUCAUCAGUUGAUGGAGAUCCUCAUUUUGUGGUCCAGCUGCCGAAACUGCAUCAGAACCUUUGUUUCACAGUAGACGGCAGAGCUAAUGAUGUUCUCAGACUGUUGGAGGACCCAGAGAGAGGGAUCAUCGUCGACGGCCACCUGAUGGGUGCUCCCUCCAAGCAUGGUGCAGAAGAGCGCUCCCGAACCUACUUCGACCGGCUCACCAUUUCCUUACCCACAGGCGGCUCUGGUGACAUCAUGAUCACCCUCUCACUGGACGCUGUAGUGGUGGAAGGGGAAGGGCGGGAUAUGCUUCCUAUCAACCAGCAGGGAUCGGUGAUGAGGCAGGGCGUUACGGUCACUAUGGACAACCAUCGGAGCUGCUGGAUUGAGCUGGCCAAGGAUGUGCGCUUCCUGGUUCUGUUCCACCACUAUAAACACCCCAGCUACCUGCAGAUGGCUCACCUGGGUUUCUACAUCACAGACGGACGGGGGCUGUCUGUCUCGACCCAGGGCCUGCUGGGCCAGUUCCAGCACACUGACAUGACGGUAACAGCGGUGAAGGAUUAUCUGGAUGGAGGCGCUCACAAUGAGGCGGUCUCAGCCAGGGGCAUCCUGAGGUGGGGGUCGGAGCACAUGCCGGUCACCUUGCAGGACAAGACGCUGAAAGACACGGUGCGGAAACGCCACAUGGGCAAGUGUUGGGUGGUGCCCAAGGCAGACAUAGAGAGACUACUGGGUCAUCCAUACGAGAGCUACGUGGUGGAUCAUGUGUAAUUCUAGCUCCAGUCUGCUCCACCUUGUCGCCUCUCUGCUGCACAGCUCAGGUCACAGCGAUUAUUACGACACGGUUAUUGGACAAAGGAUGAGCAGGAAGCGGGACUCCAUGAGGCUAAAAUGACACAUUAUCUAACAUUCUGUAAGGAGUGGUGGAGCACAGGUGUGGGUACAAAAGAGGGAAAGCUGCAUGUUAAACAGUGAUGAGGAAGUAUGGUUGGACAGAUAGAGUGACAGACUGAACGAUGCUGUUGUUCCCCUGUCAGUGAAUUUGACUUGGAUUCAGGCUCUGUGUUGUGUAUCUAUGACAGAGACACGAUGUUCUCCUGUUCGCAUGGCAACCACAAAAUGUCCAUUUGUGCUGCAGCAGUUUGCGCUCGCUCCAAAAUGUCCUGCACACCAACUCUGUUCUCGACUUCAAAGACAAAGUAUUCCUCAUGAUUAUUAUGCAGAUCUUUGUAAUUAUUAAAACUGUAUCAUUCUGUAAGUUGUAUUUUUUUU